AUGAAUGAUCAUAUCAAGAUAUCAAGCAAGACCGAAAGCAGUGAAAUACUCAAAUUAUUACAAUCAAAUGAAAAGAGAAUACAACUGAUGAUCGAUGCUUUAAGAGUCAGAUCUGUCAACACUCACGAUCAUAAUAAUAAUAACAACAAAAAAGAUAAUGAUGAUAGUGAUGAUGAAGAAGAAGAAGAGGAUGAUGAUACAAGAUUUGAAAAAUUAAAAGAUAGAUUCUCUUUAUUGUUGUUACCUCCUUCAAAGAACAGUACAGUUUAUAAAGAUUAUGAUCUUGUAAAUGUAAUAGCAUCAUCUUUGUUGUUGGAACAAUGUGAUGUUGAAAAGCACGCACAAAAACUAUCAAUCAAUUUAAAGGUCUUGUCAAUGCUUCUUUCUCAACCAUCAAUCUAUCAAUAUUAUCAAACUCAUCACGAUGAAACGACAAGAUCUACAGUUGAUCGUUUGAUAAGACGUAUGGUAGUUGUAUACACAAGAGAAAAUGAACCACUAGUUUGUAGAACAUCAGUUCAAUUAUUAUUUACAAUUAUCAAUCAUUUAAAUGAAGAUGAUGAAAAUAGAGUCAAUAUUAAAAAUAUAUUGUCAAAAAGAGUUUGUCAUCAUUUACAAUUGGAGGUUGCUGGACCCAUUGGAUCUGAUUCAGAUAGUAUGGUUGAUACAAAGAUUUGUAUAUUGGAUUUAUUGAUUCUACUUUUGGAUAGUGAAAUGGGUUGCAAGUUUUUAGAAUCAAAUCAAUUGCUUCAAUUAUCUUGCUCUUUGCUAUUUGAAAAUAAUAGAUUAGUAAGAGAAAGAGUAGUUGAUCUAUUUACAUUGGCAAUUCAAUCAAAUGAUAAGAAAGAUAAUAAUAAUAAUGGUCAUUCAAUAAUAUUAAAAAAUAUUUUAAAUUGUAAGAGAGCAUUGAUUACAUUACCAAAUUUGUAUACAAUGAAACAAUUAUUUAAAACAGUAAUUGAUAAAUUAUUAAAAUCAAAUCAAAAGGAAUUGAUAGCUACUGCAAUUGAUUUGGUAUCAAUUUUAGAAUCAACCUUUUUAUUUCCAUUUUGCAAUGAUCAUCUAUUUAGUUUAUUGGAUCCAAUCACAAAUAUAAUAUUAAACCAUCAAUCUCUUCCACAAUCUGAUUAUUUAAAUAGUAAAUAUAUUUAUUCAGAAUUAAUUAUUUAUGGAUUAAUAUAUUCAACAAAAAUAAUAUUAAAAAGAAAUGAAAAAUAUAUAUUUCCAGAGAAAUGGAUUGAUUUUAUUUAUAGAUUAUGCAUGUCGAUUCUACCAAUGGGAUCAUUGAUCAAUAUUACAACUAAAAUACAAAAAGAGGCUUUGGAUUGCCUACAAUUUAUUGAUUUUAAUCAUUUAAUCAAGACAAUUGAAGCACAACCAACCCCAACAGAAAUAAUAUCAAAUUUAUUAACCAGUACAGUAAAAUCACAACAUCGAAUUAUUAUCAAACAAUCUUUAUCAACCAUUCAAUCAAUCAUUAAAUUCAAUGACAAUAAUCAAUUAAAUUUAUUUAAUGAUUCAGAUUUUGGAAUAUCAAUAUUUCAGUCAAUUAAUAGAAUUUUGAUGAGUCCAAAUAGUGAUGUUAGAGAAGUUGGUUUAACAUUUUUAGUAAAACUAUUUAAAGAGGAUGGAAAGAGUUUUGGAAAAUGUUUAUUGGAUCAUGGUAUAGCAUCAGUGGUUGUUAAAAAGUUGGCAGAUUCAGAUUCCUAUGUUAGAUCAAGUGCGUUGGAUGUCAUCAAAGUGCUUUCUACAAUGUCACAUGAAAUGUGGGAUAAAUUGACAGAGGAAAUCAAAGAAGAUUCGAUUAGAAUUGACCAACUUUCAAUUGUAAAUGAUCAACUACCAACCAAAUCAAUCAGUGAUCAAUUAAUGAACAAUAACCAAAUCAAUUUGAUCAAAUACACAACCAUGAUACAAAAGGAACAACAACAACAUCUCAAACUACAACCAACCUACCAACCAACAUACGAUCAUCUAUCUUUUGCAGGUGGAGGUUCAUCUGUUGCCGAUUCAGAUGAACGUUCACUCAAAGAAAAUGAUGACUUUGAAUGGGAUGAUGAAGAAUUUCAAGAAUUAUUGGCAUGGACACAAGAACAAGAAGAAGUACCAUCAACUAAUUUCAUGGAAGAGAGUAGUAAUGAUUUACAAAUGCAUGAUGAAAAACCUCCAUCCUAUCCAUUCCCAUAUUCAAUUUUAUUAUUUUUUUCUGAUCAAGAUUUAUAUCCUAAAUUAUCAUCAAUUGAAUUAUUUUCAUCAUGGAUUAAACAAGAAUAUUCAUUUGAUUUUAUCAACAAAUUAUUACACAAUCAAGAAUGUAAUGAUAAAUAUCAAUUCAAUCAUUUGAUUUAUAGAUUAAUGAAUGAUAGUAAUUGGAAUAUUAAAUUAAGUACAAUUAAAUUAUUAAAUCAAUUUUUAUCUAUUGAUAAUGGAUUAGAAGGAUUAUUUAAUAUUAAAGGUAUAGAAUUAUUAAUAGAAAAUGUAAAGGAUAUAUUAGAAGAUAAAGUAAAUAGAUUGGAAUCUAUUCAAUGUCUUGCCAACAUUGAAACAUGUUUGGAGAAAUUAAAAAACUCUAAAAAUAAUCAAGAUUAUAUAGAAAAGAUUACAAUUUUAUUACAAUCGAUUGAUAUUGGUUCUAUUAAAUCAGGAAGAAGAUAUCUCAUUAUUUUAUUAUGUCAAUAA